UACAACUCAUCAGACAAGUUUAUCUUAUUCCUUCAACAAGUUUGUAAAAAAGCAAAAAUGAAUAAUCUUUUUAUUUUUUUCACCUUAACCGUCGUUGCACUCACUGCAAUAGACCAAGCUAAUGCGAUGAAAUUGCCAUCACCAAUGAACAUGGAAUUAAAAAUUGUAAACCCUAUGAAAUCAAUUUUCUCUCCAGAACCAAAAACUACAUCACCAUCAGAGUCAACAUCCAAAGGUAAAUCUUUUGCUGAAACUGAAACAAACACUGAUACAGACCAUGGAACCACUAGUGAGGAUUCAAGUGACGAAGCCGAUGGAGGUUAUGAGGACGAUGAAGACACAGACUCAUCAGACUCGAAAGCAUCUGUUGCUGAUUCACCAGCUUCUAGUUCUUCGUCAUCAUCAAAUUCAGGAUCUACUGGCUCAGGAUCAUCAACUGGUUCAACUAACAACUCUGGUUCAUCAUCAGGAACUGGCUCAGGAUCAUCAUCUGCUGCUGGUGCUUCAUCAGGUUCUGCUGCUGCUUCAGGUUCAUCAUCUGGCUCAGGUUCAUCAUCUGGCUCAGGUUCAUCAUCUGGCUCAGGAUCAUCAACUGGUUCAACUAACAACUCUGGUUCAUCAUCAUCAUCAGAACUGGCUCAGGAUCAUCAUCUGCUGCUGGUGCUUCAUCAGGUUCUGCUGCUGCUUCAGGUGCCUCAUCUGGCUCAGGUUCAUCAUCUGGCUCAGGAUCAUCAACUGGUUCAACUAACAACUCUGGUUCAUCAUCAUCAUCAGGAACUGGCUCAGGAUCAUCAUCUGCUGCUGGUGCUUCAUCAGGUUCUGCUGCUGCUUCAGGUGCCUCAUCUGGCUCAGGAUCAUCAACUGGUUCAACUAACAACUCUGGUUCAUCAUCAUCAUCAGGAACUGGCUCAGGAUCAUCAUCUGCUGCUGGUGCUUCAUCAGGUUCUGCUGCUGCUUCAGGUGCCUCAUCUGGCUCAGGUUCAUCAUCUGGCUCAGGUUCAUCAUCUGGCUCAGGAUCAUCAACUGGUUCAACUAACAACUCUGGUUCAUCCCAAAGGAAGUAACAUCCGGAAAAUCGUUGAGGAUAUUCAAACUCUAACGGUUUCAAACAUCGCAAUAUUAAAGUGA